AAAUGAGCUAAUUUUGAAAUUUUUUUUUUCAAUUCUUCCAAUACACGCAUCAUAAUUUGUAUACUUCACGAUCCCUAUCCACAUUAACUGCAAAGCAAGUAAGAGAAAUGCAGGCUUUAUUAUUUAACAACAAAACUAAAGAGUUAACAUUUAAAGAGGAUCAGCCGCUUCCUAAAAUAGAACUAGGUAAUGAAGUACUAAUCAAAGUUGCAUAUGCUGGAGUUUGUGGUACCGAUUUACAUAUUACUGAGGGUCAAUUUAUGGUUCAAGAACAUUUUCCGGUAAUUCUAGGCCAUGAAUUUUCUGGCGAAGUUGUUGAAAUUGGAAAAGAUGUAAAAACCUUAAAAAUUGGAGAUAAGGUCGUUGUCGAUCCAAAUAGAGGCUGUGGAGUAUGCAAGCAUUGUCAAAGCGGUCAUCCAAAUUAUUGCGCACCUGGAUAUGAAGCGAAUACAAUAGGGAUUUAUAAACAUGGCGGUUGGGCGAAUUAUUGCGUUGCACCUGUUGAACAAGUCAUAAAAGCCCCUCCCGGUAUUGAAUUAGAACAGGCUGCACUAGCUGAGCCGUUAUCAUGUAUUUCGCAUGCAUACGAUUUAAUUCAACCCCUUGGUGAUCGAAUUUUGAUACAAGGAGGAGGUAUUAUUGGUAUUUUAUGGAUGUGUGUUUUGCAUAGUAAAGGUUUCCGAAACGUUACCGUCACCGAAGCAUGUGAAAGUCGACUCAGAAUUGCUGAACAUUUGAAUCUUGGAUUCAGAGUAAUACAUGCUGACAGAUUAAAAUGUGAAGUAGAAGGGGGUUGUGAAUUUUUUGAUGCCGUAAUCGAUUGCAGUGGUAAUGUCUCAGCCAUUGAAUUAGGCCUCACAAUAGUCCAAAGAGGUGGGAAAUUUUGUAUGUUUGGUGUAUCGCCUCCUGGUGCGACAGUCAGUUUGAAACCUUACAUUAUAUUUCAAAGAGAAAUAAGAGUUUAUGGUAUAAGAGUCAAUCCAUAUUCGGUACCGAAGGCAGUGGAUAUUAUAGAAUCCUUAGGAAAAAAAUAUCUUACGUUGGAACACCUUGGAGUUCGAGUUUAUAAAUUAUCAAAUUAUAAUUCAACACAUGUGUUUAACGACAUUUCACACGACCUUAUGCCUCUUGGUUCUUCACAUUUAAGGAAAAAUCAGAAAUUUACAAAAGUUAUUUCUUGA